AUGGGUGGUGCAUUGAAUCGUGCAACACGAGUUUUCCGUAUGUAUAAUAUUGACAAUCGUGUUGAACGAGUUCUUUCAAGAGAAAAACCAGAUCCUGCUCCUCGAUAUCCAACAGAUUUGCAACAAUCGCAAUCAAAAAAUGCUGAAACUAACACCGCACCGGAAACCAUACAUGACAAAGAUAACAAAUUAUUGGGAUUUUUACGAAAUGUUAAAGUUUCUUCGACUGGUACUAAUCCAACUAUACGUCGAUUAGGUGACACAAGUAGUCAUCCAACAAUUCCUCCAUUAUUAAAUCGUGUUGAAGAAUCAAUGGAGACGAACAGUGCUGAUGCUGCUUUCGGUUAUGUUGAACCACAACGUGUUCCACCCGGUCGAAUUUCAUUACGUCAAUUUCUUGCCUAUCUUCAAAAACAUCGUGACGCCCCAGAAGAAUACUCUAUCGAUCGCUUCAUAGAUAUGUACACCAUCAAACCAGAAACCGCAAAAAUUCUGUUUAAACAUCACAGUUUAUUAGCCAUACAAGAAGUUUCUCGUUCGAAAAGUAAAGCACCAGCAAGACCACCACAUAUUGCAGCAAUCGAAGUUAUGGGCAUUGAAGCUGAGACAGCUAAAAAACCAGGUCCUGAAACAGGCAUCACUGCGAAAUAUUAA